UUCAGUGUCGAACGCGGAUUUCAGACGAGUAGUGCGGUGGGCCCAAAAAGAAAAACCAAGAAGAAGCGAUUCGAGCCGAUUUUGUGAGCCACACAGAAACUUGCAACACAACACCAAAAACACACACGGACACCACACACAUACACACAUAGGCGUCGUGCACAAAAGUGGAGUUAAAAGACACUGAGCGAAACGGGACGCGAGACAAAAAGUGAUUUGCGAGUGCGCCGCAGCUGCUACAAGGAGUUGGAGUUUGAUUCAUUGAUUGACGGAAACCGAAGCGAUGCGUCUCGACACGAACUCAAAUGUGGACUUUAAAGCAUUCGAAUCCAGCUCCAGCCCAUGUCUCGUCAAACUGGAUAACCUAGCCACCUGGGGUGGCUCACAGAAAACAGACACACGGCUACCGAUCACGGACUAUUCGUCCUUGGGCGGACCACGGCACAACCGGAGUCCGUUUCCCCUGUCCAAAGAUGUCAACAAUCGCUUUGUAAUAUGGGAUGGGGACAUGACCACAUUGGAUGUGGAUGCCAUCACAAAUACCAGCGAUGAGACUCUGACUGAAAGCAAUAGCAUAUCGGAGCGGAUCUUCGCCGGGGCUGGCAACCAGCUGCGCGAGGAGCUGAGCACCACUGUCAAGGAAUGCCGCACUGGGGAUGUGCGCAUCACGCGUGGAUACAAUCUGCCCGCCAAGUACGUGCUGCAUACGGUGGCACCUGCCUAUAGGGAAAAGUUUAAGACAGCCGCCGAGAACACACUGCACUGCUGCUACAGAAAUGUCCUUUGCAAGGCGAAGGAACUCAACCUGCACACCAUUGCCCUGUGCAACAUCAGUGCAAACCAGAAGAGUUUUCCCGCAGAUGUGGCCGCCCACAUUGCCCUGCGUACUAUUCGACGAUAUCUGGACAAGUGCACCCUGCAGGUUGUGAUAUUGUGCGUGGGCACUAAUGAGCGUGGCACGUACGAGGUACGCCCCCUAUACUUCCCGCGGGAUCAGCUGGAGGAGCGCAGUGCCCUGUGGCAGCUGCCCAAGGACAUUGGUGGCGAGUUCGGUGAGCCACAGCAUCCGGAUCCCGAUCGUCAAAUACGUAUUAUUCGGAAUCCCCAGCACAGUGUCCACAUGCGUCAUCGCCAGGCCGACGACGAUUCAGACGUCAGUCCGCACGAUAUGGAAGGUAAUAGCUCGGAUCUGGAGUAUGGAGCUCGGGAUAUGAAUGGUCUGAGCCUGAAUUCCUACAGCAGCGGUUUACAAGCACAGCUUCAGCUAGAUUUGGACCGACAGCAUCUGCUCAGCGAUCGUCCGCGAACUGGAGUUUACGAGAAUGUCAUAUCCGAAGGAGUAGAAGGCAUCGAGCACCAAGAGAGAUACGAACGCCUUUUGCGUCGCGCCCAAGUCGAGGACUUGACGGAGGUCUCUGGCAUCGGCUGCCUUUACCAGAGCGGCGUGGACCGCCUGGGUCGGCCUGUGAUUGUGUUCUGCGGCAAAUGGUUCCCCGCCCAGAACAUUGACCUGGAGAAGGCCUUGCUAUAUCUGAUUAAGCUACUGGAUCCCAUCGUUAAAGGAGACUAUGUCAUUUCGUACUUCCACACGCUGACGUCCACCAACAAUUAUCCUUCGCUGCACUGGCUGCGCGAGGUCUACAGUGUGUUGCCCUACAAGUACAAGAAGAACCUGAAGGCCUUCUACAUAGUUCAUCCCACAUUCUGGACUAAGAUGAUGACCUGGUGGUUCACCACCUUCAUGGCGCCAGCCAUCAAGGCCAAAGUGCAUUCGCUGCCGGGUGUGGAGCAUCUGUACUCGGCCAUCACAAAGGAUCAGCUGGAAAUUCCCGCCUACAUCACCGAAUACGACAUGGCGACCAAUGGCCUGCAUUACUUCAAUCCUGUGCCGACUGCCUCGUAGAUGGCGGCCAUUGUAGCUGUCUAGAGACAGUGAUCAGCCACCAUAGCAUAUAUAUACAUAGAUACAUACUUAUAUAUAUAUAUAUAGAUACACACACACUUGUGAAGUUUUUAUAGAUUUUAUAUAGAACGUAUUUUGUUUUCUUGAUAAGUAAUAUUUGUUUACUUGCGCAUAACUUUCGAUGUUGUCGUUUAUCGAUUGACUUGCCGCAAGUUUGUUGAACAUUGUGUAGCAUACUUUUAUGGGAGUGGCAGAGUCGCCCGAUCCUCCCCACAAAAAAAGAACAUAAGAAGAAAGGAAAAAAUACCAAACCAAUUAGCUAAAAAUUAAAAAUCGGCAGAUCCCAAAAGCAAAACCAAAACCAGAAAAUUGUGUAAAACAUUCUUAUGAAGUGCAUGGAAAUUAGUUAAUUAGUUGGCAUUGGAAAUUGAUUGAACAACCAAACACCCUUGUUAAUUCGCUACAAAAAACUAGAUGUUGAAUAAUUGGUAGGUGACAGUACAGAGGAUAUGGGGGUAAGGACUCGUUGACGAGACAAGGAUACCAAAAGAAACCAAAAAAACGUUGGCAAUGCUGAACAAAAUGAAAUUUGAUUAGAGAACCCGCAUAUACCGAUAUAUACAAGAUUAUUCUAAAUAUCAAAAUUGAUAAAUUGUACUUGAUUAAACGGAAAGGAAACAAAACUACAUGAAUAAGUAUACAUAUUGUUAGUUAUCUUUGCAAUUACAAAUUGUAUUAUUAAUGUAUUAAUACUAGAGCUAAAGCGUAUGCAGUUUGAUCCCCCGAUAUAUACACACAUACGUACUAUAAUUCAAUUGUAUUUAUACAUAACUAUAUAUAUUAAAUAUACACCACUAAUAAAUUAAAACAAAACCACGCUGGGAGAGAACCAUAUAGCAUAUACAUAUAUAUUUUGAAGCUCAGGCGAAGGAUAUGUAAAUGAGUGCAGCACGGAGCCUGCCGAACCUUUUGUAGAUACUUACUAGAGCUCACCGUAAGGCCCCUCCCAGGAAUCGAAACACCAAUAAAGAACCUAACGAAUAACGAGUAAUGAAUAAUGAAUAAUGAAUAAUGAAUACUGAUUACGCAUUAAAUGUUCAACUUUGAUAUGAGAGUAUAAUGUUGAGGCGCAGGAGAUUUCGAACUCGAGACACGUCCCCUUUAUCUUCCAUGCACCGUUUGCGCUCAAAAGAAAUUCAGAAUCAAAGCCAAUAGCACGCCACUGCUAUACACAAUAUAUAUAUGUGAAUAUAUACAUAUAUAUAUAUAUAUUUGUAAUUGUAUUACAUAGGUAAUUAGUCGAAUCAAUUAUGGCACUCGCAGCAAUCGGCAGUAAUCAGAAUCAGAGCCACAUUCAAACCAGAAGCCAGAAGCCGCCAAACAGCCACAGCAAAACACCAGCAGUUGAUUUUUAGCAACUACGCAAUUAAAUGCAAAGUAAAAUGCACUCAGGGAUUGAUUUAAAACCAAAAACCAAAAAGUAAAUUCAAAACGAAAACAAAAAGCUAAUGAAAAUGAAACAAAUUUUAGAUAACGACAAUGCGCUUUCCUCGAGAACCACAAUCGGCAGCCUGGCUAGUACCUAAAAUGAGAAAUCAAGUAGAGUUAUAGCGACCCAAAAACAAACAAAAAAAGAGAGAAGAUAGUUUUUUGGAAACGUUCUUAUAAGUACAUAUGUUCAGCCGAGGAUGUCCUCGCCUAUACAAUUAUAUGCCAAUUACAUAUAUUUUGUAUUGCCUCACCAAAAGAAUUUAGGUAAAAAUUAAUCAGAGUGCGUUGGGGGGAGCUAAAGAAUCACAGCAAUUAAUACUCAAACUAGCCUGCAAGUACAGUCUACUCAAAAGUUAUGCUUGUAUGAGAACCACCUUACAGGAGUACAACAAUCGGGAUAUAUACCUAUAUACCAUAAUUACAUAUAUCUAUCAAUGGCGCUUACUCUCAACUGUUAUUGAACAAUUAAAUGAUAAUACAAAUAAUACUAAACAGAGAACCCCUCCUAAGGGAGAUCAAAACCUAAAUCGAGACCCCAUGUUAUGCCAAGUGUUCCUUUCUAAAAGUAUAUAUUUAGACGAAUACUUUUCGUAAUAUUUGAAUAUUUGUAGAUAAAUCUAAAGUCGAUCAUUGAAUAAUGAAGCCAACUACAAGUAACUAGUAAUCUCUCAUUGAAUCUAAAUAUUUCCCAAAUUUUCCCUUCUAAUAUUGCUAUUGCUUUAGCGUUAAAAAAAAAAAACUAAAAUAAAU